AUGGCAUCCUAUUCUCGUUAUACUCGCUGGCAACGAAGGGGCCCCCCUGAGAGGCGGCGUGAGAGCUUCUUGCCCGAGCUUCCUCUCGGCAAGCUCAUCUCCGUGAUCCUGAAAGAUGAGCUGGUCAGAGGGUAUGAAGAGUUCGUCUCGACAGCUCGCAUCAGUGAUUGGAAGUAUCUUGCUUCGUAUAAUUGGGGGGAAACCGAGAAGCCUCUCAUUAUUGUCCCAGGGAAACCACCUCUGUGGACACCCCUGAAGGAACAGCGCCGACUCCCUCAGGAUUCGGGGAUUUACCCGCGGGACCGCAAUGGCUACAACUUCCCCAACCACCCAUUCCAGGCGGCCGUGCUUUCGAUCCUAACGAUGCAGCCGGAGCCUCCAAAGAUGGGCUUUGAUGUCGUGUGCUGCUCCAGUACCUUCGGGUAUCUCGUUUCCUUUUGCAACGAGACCGAGCCGCGCCCGUUCCGCAUGCACGUGGAGAUUAUCGGCGGUGCUAUGCAUCUCCUCCGUCGUGAGAGGUCGCCGAGGGAGUUGAUCCCGGACGUGAAGGGGCAUGGUCACACUUUCCCCGAGGCGAAUACGACCUGGGGUAUUGGUCUGAAAGGAUCUACUUCCCACCAGAGACUUACCAGGUACAAGUUUGGCGGAUUGAAUAUUAUCCAGAGGGCAGAGAUAGAUGCCUGUCUAGAUACUCCGAACAAAUCGCCCUCCGAUCUCGCGACACGAUCUCGAUCCCCAUCCCCAGAGCAGAAACGACAACCUAAUGUGGACGAACUCACCGAACGGGUCGCCCGUACCAACAUCUCCCCAACUACCCCGGCCUCCUCAAGCUCCGACAUCGCCUUGUACUACAACCCCGUUUCCGAGACCCCCCAAUCCGCCCUCAUCGACAUCAAAACGCGUUCCAUCGCCCGCAAAACCCAAGACACCCUCUCCGAGCAGCUCCCCCGCCUCUGGCGCUCCCAAACCCCCAACUUCGUCCUCGCCUUCCACGACCGCGGACUCUUCGCCGACGUCCAAGUCAAGGACGUUCGCGCCGAGAUCAAAAAGUGGGAGGCGGGACACGCGAGGGAGCUGGCGCAGCUCGUUGCGCUGCUUCGGAAUUUGGCGAGGGUCGUUGAUGCUAGGCCGGGGAAGAAGGUGGAGAUUCGCGCGACGGGCAAUACGGUGCUCGAGGUGCGCGAACAGCUUGGGAAUGCGGGGAAGGCGUUUUCUGCGGGGGUGAGGGAGAGGUGGGAGGCGUGGUUGCUGGGGGCGCGUGAUGGUGUUGCGGCUGGAGAGAAGAAGGAUGGAGCCUUAGAGAUUGCUGCUGAUGAGGGUUCCGCUGCCGAUAUCAAGGAGAAGAGCCGAGUCAGCUUGGAUAGUGGUUUGGAGAAAGAAUCCACGGCUUGUCUGGAGAAGCGCGGAUAG